AUAAACCCUGCCCCGGGUGUUGCCUCGACCCUUCCAUGUGGGUGGACAUUUUACAGGAGAAAAGGGUGUUCAGCGGUUUAUAAGAGCUGAAAGUACUUUCAAUCAGUAAGUAUUGGCUGUGAUCAUGGCUUACAGGGAACAGUACGUGGGUUGGAGUGAGGAGGCAGUCUGCUCCAUCUGCCUCAAUUUCUUCACUGAACCAAUUUCUCUGGAGUGUGGGCACAACUUCUGUCUUGCCUGCAUCAGACAGUGUUGGGAAAGGAAGAACAAUUCCUGCCCAGAAUGUCGGGCAGUUUUUCCAGCAAGGAAACUCAGGAUCAAUCAAGCCCUGGCAAAGCUGUCUGAGAGAGCUCGAGAAUUGAAGGAAAAUUUGAAUGAGGAAGGAAAUAAACUUCAUUGUAAAGAACAUGACGAUGAACUGAAGCUGUUUUGUGAAACUGACCAGAAACUGAUCUGCCUGAUCUGCAGAGAUGCGCUGGAACACAGGGAGCACCACUUUCGGCCAAUUAAAGAAGCUGUGGAAAUUCAAAAGGUGAAAACCUCCCUGGAGCUACUCAUGGCGAAGAAGUCACUGAUUUUGGAGAUGGAGAGGCAGCAGAUACAAAAGAUCAGAGAAAUCAGGGUGCAGUCACGUUCUCUGCAGGACUAUGUCACGUCUGAGUUUGAUAGCAUGCAUCAGUUUCUCAAUGAGAAGGAACAAGAGUACAUUGGAAACCUGAGGGAACAAGAGAAGACAAUUCGGGACACCAUGGAAGAAACUCUGAGAAAAAUUCAAGAUAACUUGCAUUCCAUUCAGGAGGAAAUCUCAGAUUUGCAGAAACGGAUGAGGGAGAAAAGUGGAGCAUUGUUCCUGAAGAAAGAAAUUCAUUAUAUGAACAGGAAUAGCAAGGACCAUGAGGUACUGCCAGUGGUAGAUGGUGCCCUGUCUAUCAGAAAAUUCGGAUUCACCUUCUUCUUGGCUUGGAAAGAAAUGUUUGACAACAUCAAUCCAGUUGCUGUGGCCCUAGAUGUGGAAACAGCCAAUAGGCUACUCGAAGUGUCUAAUGACUUGAAGGGCGUGAGGUGGACCAGGAAACAAAAGAGAGUCGCUGACACUUGGAAGAGGUUCACAGUCUGGCCAUGUGUGCUGGGAUCAGAGGGAUUCACAUCAGGGGGAAAUUACUGGGAGGUAGAUGUGACAGGGAAUCAGGGCUGGGGUCUGGGAGUUGUCAAAGAGUCUGUGGAGAGGAAGAAACGGGUUGACAUGAUGCCAGAGAAUGGAUUCUGGAUCAUCCAGAGAACGGGUGAUGGGCUUGGUGUUCUCACCUCCCCCCCAACCGCUCUCCCGGCCGGUCCCAUCCCCGGGAAGGUGGGAGUUUAUCUCAACUAUGAGUCCGGGACAGUUUCAUUUUACAACUUGGACUCCAAGUCCCAUCUGCACAUCUUCACCGGGAAUAAAUUCACAGAGAAACUUUAUCCUUUCUUCUGGACUUUGGAUGAAACCAGCUGGUUGAAAAUCUGAAAUUAAACAUAUUCAGCAGCAAGGCACACAAAAUGCUGGAGGAACCUUGCAGGUCAGGCAGCACCUGUGGGGAGGGAGGGGAGGUGAGGAAUAAAGUGUCAAUGUUUCGGGCCGACACCCGUCAUCAGGACUGUACUGACUGCAGGGAGGUUGUACAUUUUCCCUGUGGCCACCUGGGGUCCCCUGAAAACAGCUCCUUUGGCUCACUGGUCCAUGCCAAAUUCAGUUUGUUUUUAAUGGUCUCUAACCCAUCCGAUCUGAGAUAUCAGAGCCAAGCUUAUCAUCACUAACAUACAUCAUGAAGUUUGCUGUUUUGUAGCAGCAGUACAGAAUCAGAAUCAGGUUUAUUAUCACUGGCAUGUGACGUGAAAUUUGUUAACUUAGCAGCAACAGUUCAAUGCAAUACAUAAUCUAGCAGAGAGAGAGAAAAAAAUAAUAAAUAAAAUAAAACAUAAUAAUAAACAAGUAAAUCAAUUACAUAUAUUGAAGAGAUUUUUAAAAAUGUGCAAAAACAGAAAUAAUGUAUAUUUUAAAAAGUGAGGUAGUGUCCAAAGCUUCAAUGUCCAUUUAGGAAUCGGAUGGCAGAGGGGAAGAAGCUGUUACUGAAUCACUGAGUGUGUGCCUUCAGGCUUCUGUACCACCUACCUGAUGGUAACAGUGAGAAAAGGGCAUGCCCUGGGUGCUGGAGGUCCUUAAUAAGGGACACCGCCUUUCUGAGACACUGCUCCCUGAAGAUGUCCUGGGUACCUUGUAAGCUUGAACCCAAGCAGAGCUGACUGGAUUUACAACCUUCUGCAACUUCCUCCGGUCCUGUGCAAUAGCCCCUCCGUACCAGACAGUGAUGCAGCCUGUCAGAAUGCUCUCCAUGGUACAACUACAGAAGUUUUUGUGUGUAUUGAUUGACAUACCAAAUCUCUUCAAACCCCUAAUAAAGUAUAGCCGCUGUCUUGCCUUCUUUAUGACUACAUCAAUAUGUUGGGACCAGGUUAGAUCCUCAGAGAUCUUGACACCCAGGAACUUGAAUCCGCUCACUCUCUCCACUUCUGAUCCCUCUAUGAGAAUUGGUAUGUAUUCCUUCGUUUUACCCUUCCUGAAGUCCACAGUCAGCUCUUUCCCCUUACUGCCAGGUUGUUGCUGCGGCACCAUUCCACCAGUUGGCGUAUCUCACUCCUGUACACCCCCUCGUCACCACCCUUAUGGUAGUGAUGGCAGAGGGUCCAAAGCUGUUGCUAAGGUGUUGAGUGUGUGUCUUCAGGCUCCUGUACCUCCUCCCUGCUGGCAGAUGACGCAGAUUUCCACAGAUGCUACCUGACUGAGUUAAUUGUUCCAGCACUUUCCAUUUACUAUUUCCAUACCACGUUGGCCUAGCGAUUUUUUUUUUGGAUUUCUAUUCAUAUAGCUUGAAUCUGUCUGGCAGGACCCAGCACUUUACUGUUAGCUUUGACCACUGUAAAUUGCCCACAGGUGUGUGCUAAGCAGGUCAGUUGGGAGUCGAUGCCUAUGAGAAUGAGAGGAAAGAGUUGGAGGUGAAACGUGGGGACGUGGGACUGGUGGGAUGCUGUGAGAGGUGGCCUGUACACACAAAAAAAGUUAUUGCUUAAUCUAUCUAAUUUUGAUAAUACAAUUGAAUUACUUGAUUUCUUAAUCCAGAAUAAACUGUGUAAAUAAACUUCUCAUUCUUACAUUUGUAGACAAUGUUUUAAUAUUAAAUUGCAUCAAACC